AUGAAGAGAUGUUCUCCUGUUCUUAACACUGUCAAUGGAGUAGCUGUCGGUGAAGUAACCCUUCCAAUUUGGAGAUAUCACUUCAAGACCUUGCUGAACCGGCAAACAACAUUAGCUCCCGAACUCGAACACGUUCAUAAGCCGGCAUAUGCGGUUAACGAGGAGCCACCGACAGAGUCGGAGGUUCUAGUCUGUAUUCAAAGAAUGAAAAAUGGAAGUGGAGACGGCGUGAUUUGCGCAGAAGUGCUAAAAUAUCUUCCUCCGUCUGGGAUUCGUGAGAUGACAAAGAUCAUCCGUUGA